UAGACAAGUACUCUACCAAGUAAGCUAUACUCCCCAGCUCUACUGGGUAGUUUUUUAAAAAAGACCUUUUCCAGCUUGCCUCCCUUAGUCCUCCCAUCUCACCCCCAUUUCACAAAGGUCCAGUCCUCUUCACUGAGGAGUUCUGCUUGUCUCCCUACCUCACUUCAGCAGAUCUAGCUCCGAACAAGUGCCAGACUGUUUCACACUGAAUCUCCCCACAGGAGCCCCUAACACUUUCUGGAACCCACUCCAUUUAAAUGCCAUUGUCUUCGCAUUUGUUUUUACUUAAGCUCAGCCCCAAUUCUCCUGUUCUGUGCCCACUGUGUCCACAUGCACUUCCCUGGAACGUUCUUCAUAGCUACCACUCAACCCAAUACCCACUUACGUGGCACACUCUCAUUUCCAAUACACGUUUGCUUUUUUAAUUACUAUAUUGAAGUGGAAGACGGCUUAGUGGUUUUCACUUAAUGAGUCCACCAACUGACUUUAAUUGGUCUGUUUAAGCACGUUGGGAUACACUGCAACGUAAGCUACUCCCCCCAUUUGACCAAAGGUUGAGAACCUCCUCUGCUAGGGCCAGAGAGUUAGAGAAACGAAGAAACUUAAGAGUUUUCUUCGUCAAGGCUCCCUUCAGGCAUUGUAAUAUCCGUGCGAUGGCAAAUAUUUGCCAUGGCUGGCGAGAACACGAGAGGGGACUUAUCCCAAGCCCUGUGGCCAAGACUCCAAGCGGACUUUCUAUUGCUUCUUACCUUCCUCGGAAAAGAACUUGGGUUGUCUCUCAGGACCACUAGAUUAUUCUGGAACGUUAGGCACGUACGCUGUUUCUAAGGUUGUCACGACCCAGAGACAACGUGUGCAGGCUCAAAGAAAUGUAAAACGCACCCAUUCUUACUCUAAACUGCCUUUCCAGGGCUAGAGACAGGGCAGCGGCGACGCUUGAGGAAGCUGUUGAGAUUCAUUGGCGUCGAAGAGCCAGCCCAAGGGCGCAGGCGCAGGCGUAGCGCCCUAGCCCCGCCCACUCCUCCCCCGUCGAGCUCUGGCCCCUCCCGGUCUGCUCGGCAGGGCGGUUACAGCCCAAGCGUCGCGCCUGGGCCCCGCCCACUUCCGGCGCGCCCUCCGCGGCCGGGAGCUCCUCCUCGGUUCCUGUCCGGCCCCUGCUCUUGACGUCACCGAAGCCCCGCCCAUCUCCACAGCCUCGGUCGCUCGCCGCAGGAGUCCGCAGACCCUCGUAGCCGCCGCCACUACCGCUGCCGCCAAAAUGGCCACAGAUGUGCCUUCAGGAAGUUCAAGUGCUGCCGCUGGCAGUAACCGCAGACUCCAGCAGACACAGAAUCAAGUAGAUGAGGUGGUUGAUAUCAUGAGAGUCAACGUGGACAAGGUGUUAGAAAGAGAUCAGAAGCUCUCGGAGCUAGAUGAUCGCGCAGAUGCACUGCAGGCAGGUGCUUCUCAGUUUGAAACAAGUGCUGCCAAGCUGAAGAGAAAGUACUGGUGGAAGAACUGCAAGAUGUGGGCGAUAGGGAUCAGUGUCCUGGUGAUUAUUGUCAUCAUCAUUAUUGUGUGGUGUGUCUCUUAAUGAAGAACCUGGUGAAACCGAAGCCUACUGUUCAGGAGCGUUUUCAAGACUUUCUACUUAGAACCUGCUAUGUUAUUGAGCUUACCUACUGGUUUUUUGUUUGUUUGUUUGUUUUUUGUCCAAAUGAUUAUUUUUGUUAGUUUACAUACAGUUCAGGAAAUGUGCCUUUGUUUAAAUAUACACUCCAAAUGGGGGUGUGAGCUGCCCUGCCCACAUUUUGCACAGUGCCUUCACAGAGUUAUGCACCGACUAGGAAAGAGGACUUCUGCUGCUCCAGAGCGCUGGAGUCGAGGUGGAUGUUGUCACUGAUGACUCGCUGUGGAUUCCAGGAAGGGGAUUCUAUUCAAGUCAGUUGUCCCCACAUCUGACAUCGUCUUCAAAACCACAUUUUCAAACCUUUGGGUGAUUAGAUUCCCAACUUGUGCCUUCCAAGAACACUACUGCCUAGUAAACAUCGGUGGCAAUAACAGGGUGAGCCUUAUUUUGAUACUGGCUCCUUUUCCUUAAGAGGACCCUCCUUUCUGUAAGCACUACUGACUCCUGCUGUAUUUAAGAUGCUCUCAUGUUAGGUGUGAAGAUGUUUACUGUUUUGUUCUUGUUGUGUAUCACUUCUCAGAGUAUUUUAAUCAAAAAUAACCCUUUAAGAUGUUUUUGUAGAACUAUGACCAAAGUAUUUUUGCCAAAAGUUAAAUACAAAUAAAAUGUCUGUAAGUCUGUCCCUAAUAGACAAAUUCAAACAAUGUGCCAAAUGUAACUCAAGGUGCCCUUCAAGAAAAAGUGUUAAUUCUGUGUGAGCCUUCAGCAUUUUUACAGUCCUUUCUGUGCUGUAGAUAAUGCUACUCCUUCAGAUUUGGUUUCUUUUAUAGAGUUAUAGAGGUAAGCUAAAGUCAGACCUAUAGAUAAGGCAUUUAGUCAGCAGUUUGCAGACUGAACUAGAGGCUGCGGUCGCUAGUGCAGUGUGAGCAGGAGCUCCGCAGCCUCACGUCAGUUUGCACAGACCAGAGAUCUUGAAUGCUGUUUUCUGCUUUUGCUCAUACCCCACUUCCUAAACCGGUCUUCUGUAUUAUGCUUGAGGUGAGGUAUUGGCCACUUCCAAGUGGAGAGCUAAGCAGAGAUGCCUGUUGCUCUUAAGCCAUAGCUAUUGCCAUCUGAAACACUUUUGUUGUGUAUCUGAGACUUUCAUCAAGGCAUGGUUCAAAGUUGAGAGUUCAAGCAUGAAUGAACAUAAGAAAUCAGUGAGGAAGAAACAGGCUUUCUUUGCCUAUGGCAGUGCCACUAGAAUGCCCUGGAUUUUGUGUGUGCAAAGUGGCAUCAGUCAAGGCAUAAUGGAAUCUGGAUCCAGUUUUUUAUUUGUUCCCCUGACAUUACUGAAACAGUAUAACUAUUGAAAGUGUGCCCCGCUAUGGGAAAGCAGCAUCAGCCUAGGGCCUCUGUACUGGUCUGACCCACAACCUUGGUGCUGUCUCCUCCAUACUCAGACCCAUGUAACUUAUUGGCUCCUGCGUUAACACAGUAAUACCUCGCUUGUCUGUGCAUUUAGCUGGGAACUUUCCCGCUAUGAUGUCCUAAAUAAAGUUGUUUAUUAACAUGA